AUGAUGCAGGUAAGAGUUUCAUUUUUAAUUUAAUUAAUCAAGUUUCUUCCCACAUUGCUGUUGUCUCUAGCUAAUAGCUAGCUAAAGCGUUACUAGCUAGGGUUGUUUGAAAAUGGCGUUGGCUAGUUAACGUUAGCUCCAAUGGUGAAGCUAACUUGAAGUACUUGCUAAACUAUUCUAUCUCUUUGCAGAAUAAGGAGAAUCGUGAUCCUAAAGGGCUACAUAGACCGGUAGGUUUUGUCACAAGUAUUUUCUCUCUUUUUGCUUCCCUCCUUUCCCAUCUUUAAUUUGAGCGCUUUGUAUCUAACGUUAACGUAACUAGCUAAUAACGUUGACUAGUUAACUUUAGUUGUCCGUUUAGCUGUCUAUCUAGUUAGGUACCAUUUUGAAUUCAUUAAUUCAAUUCAAACGACAAUUCAGAAAUGUGUACCAGUACUGGGGAGCUGGAGGCAAUUGGGUUUAAUCCAGGAUGUUUUUUCUACAUGAUAGAUGGCAACUCCAAUGGUUUCUGUGGGUCCUCAGCGAGUUCAAAUGCCGUCUGCCUCAGAGGCCACAGACAAAAACGCAAUUACAGGUACAUUUCUAUAGCUACUAUUUUGCCUGUGGUGUUUCUAGAGCUUUUCAGAUGCCACAUCACACCACCUCAACAUAAUACACCAACAUUCUGUAUCCCUAUCUCCUUAAGGUCCUGGGAGAGCGCUUGCCACCUCUUCAUCCAGUGCAGCUCCAGCAAAGUAAAUAUUCUAUCACACAAUACCAUCACCUGACACUAAAUGUGUAUAAGAAAAGGGGUCUUUUAGAUUUUGUAAAAUAUUUGUAUUUUCUUGUUGUGGCUUAGCAACAUCUGUUUAUUCUCUAAUCAGGAAAUUCACCAUCAAUGACUUUGACAUUGGGCGGCCACUCGGAAAAGGCAAGUUUGGGAAUGUUUACCUGGCCCGGGAUAAGAAGCUGGACUUCAUCGUGGCGCUGAAGGUGCUCUUCAAGUCUCAGAUGGAGAAAGAGGGCGUGGAGCACCAGCUCAGGAGGGAGAUCGAGAUUCAGUCCCACCUUAGGUCAAUAGUUUGAUUUAGACUUUUAUUCAAUUUAAAGGGGCAGUUUCUCGGACACAGAUUGAAACAUAAUACUGGAAUGAAAUGUAUUUUCAAUGGAUAUUCUGUCUCUGGAAAACCGGCCCUUUGAAUGUAGUGGUGUAGGUUGUUGCCUUACUAUUGUGUUUCUGCAGGCAAUGUUGUGGCAUGUUGAUUAACACCAAUAUUAUGUCCAGAACGAUACCAGUAUUGCGAUACUCGUUAAUAUUGUGGCAAGGAAACAAAACAAGAAGGGGAUUUAACUUAUUUAGGAAAAAAGUGUGUUGGAAACAAACAUUAUGUUGUUAUCCAGAGUCAUUUAUUUUCCAAGCUAUAGCACAUAAUAUUUUGUAUACAUGUUUUUAAAGGACCAAAGUGUGUGGUCUGCUGUGUUUUCCUUUUUGCCAUUAAAAAAUACUGCGUCCCAGCCCUAACCAAUAUCAUGCAAUGUACUUAUUUCAGUUGGCUUUUGAAACUGACCAUAAUUCCCUUUAUAGUUCAGUGUAUGUUAGUUUCUCAGAUUAUGGAAAGCUGGGAGAUUAAAUCAUUGCUCUCUCUCCACCCUCCUUUAGACACCCCAACAUCCUGCGCUUCUACAACUACUUCCAUGACCGCACCAGGGUCUUCCUGAUCCUGGAGUACGCACCACGGGGGGAGAUGUACAAAGAGCUGCAGAAAUGUGGUCGCUUUGAUGACCAGCGCACUGCUACAGUAAGACAGGAAUCCAUGUUGCAGGCUAUUUAUUUAUAAUGGUCGACAAGAUAAUGAAUCUAUUCGGACUAAUCCAUUGUUUUCUCUUGCUCUGUAUUUGACCAAGAACACCUCCAAUCAUAACAUUUUGUAACUGAAAGGUAUUUUUUGGUUUAUAGAAUACAAUUGAUAUGAAUAUUCCAACUAUGGACUAGUUUUGGCAGGUAGAUUCAUGAGGCUGACAUUCACUUUCUUAGCAUUUUAAAUGCAUCACAUGUAGUAGUCUGGAGUAAUAAUCAAAUAUUUGUAAAAUGUUCUUUGUCAGUACAUGGAGGAGUUGUCUGAUGCGCUGCAGUACUGCCAUGAGAGGAAGGUCAUCCAUCGGGACAUCAAGCCUGAGAACCUGUUGCUGGGACUCAGAGGGGAGCUGAAGAUAGCAGACUUUGGCUGGUCUGUCCACGCACCUUCCCUACGGUGAGGGAACCCUGAACAGAAUCCUCUCCAGCCUGUGUUUGUACAAAAAAUAAAUGCUGUGAAGGCAAUCUGUGUUAAAUUGCAGGCAAAUUGCGCAGAAUUGCUAAUCUACAAAUCACCUUGCAUUCCAAAUACCUACUCAUUAUGUGAACAAGCUAUUUAGUGACGUGAUUAGCGAUUCUGCGCCUCGUCUUGCUCAAACGGAUCCCCUCAAAACAAACUGAAUGUGGUCUUGGUCGACCGAACGUCGGCUGUUCUUCCGACCAGUCCAUUGGUCGAAAUUUUUAAAAGUGCAUUUUUCCUUUAUAGACAGUUUUUAAUAAAAUCAACUAUAUAUAUGCAUUGAGCUUGUCUGAUGCUUUAAGCUCGCUGUUUGAUGAAAUAAGACACAAAUUACUCAAGAGGGAGCCAGAGAUCAAGAUAACCAGAAGAAAGAAACCUUAGCCUUUCCCGACCAUCCUCCUCCCGCUCCUACUGGCUUUAGCAGAUUCUGUGUUACUCUCCUGAAGUUGCCGGUAAUAGGCUACACGAGGAGUCUGCAAACUUUCUCAUGUGGAAUGCCAAUUUAUCUUGCCAUUUCUACCGAUCUGCGUGCCAGUUACGGUUUUCAUAUGCACAUUUUCGUGGAACAGUUUAAUUUAACUUAUAAUAACGACUUCGUAUUUCAAAAUCAUUGUCAUGUGGUUAAUGAAAAUGAUACGAACCUAAAAAGUAACUUAUAUUGCUAUUGCCAACUAUGCAAAACAAUAUCCUAUAAAGCCAACAACUAAAAACAUUGCAGCCUGCAGGUAGAAAAUAUUGAAAUUAAAAAAUAAGAUUACACCGCUAUAAAUCAGAUUGGCUACGCAUGGCCUGUCUGCGACGAACUUGAAACAUUGUAUUAACUUGGCUCUGGCCUGAAGAUCUUUGCAACAUUGUAUAAAAUAUUCUGGGCUCUCAGUUUCCUGGCGCCAGUGAGCUCGGGACAGACACAGCUGUAGGCUAUUUGCGCUAGGGGUAAGAAGUAAUCAGGUAGGCCUAUGUUAUGACGUUUCCACUGGAUCAGAGCAUUACAUUUUUCCCUUUCAAGCAGAGUUAUCAAAAGCGAGAGAGCUGGAAAGAUUUUUCAAAUACAGUGCAUUCAGAAAUUAUUCAGACCCCUUGACUUUUUCCACAUUUUGUUACGUUAAACCUUAUUCUAAAAUUGAUUUACAUAUUUAUUUUUUCUUAUCAAUCUACACACAAUACCCCAUGAUGACAAAGCGAAAACAGGGUAUCAGAAGUUGUAGCUAAUUUAUUAAAAAUAAACUACAGCAAUAUCUUAUUUACAUAAGUAUUGAGACACUUUGCUAUGAGAUUCAGAAUUGAGCUCAGGUGCAUCCUGUUUCCAUUGAUCAUCCUUGAGAUGUUACUACAACUUGAUUGGAGUCCACCUGUGGAAAAUUCAAUUGAUUGGACAUGAUUUGGAAAGGCACACACCUGACUAUAUAAGGUCCCACAGUUGACAGUGCAUGUCAGAGCAAAACCAAGACAUAAGGUCGAAAUAAUUGUCCGUAGAGCUCCGAGACAGGAUUGUGUCGAGGCACAGAUCUGGGGAAGGGUACCAAAACAUUUCUGCAGCAUUGAAGGUUCCCAAGAACACAGUGGCCUCCAUCAUUCUUAAAUCGAAGAAGUUUGGAACCACCAUGACUCUUCCUAGAGCUGGCCGCCCGUCCAAACUGAGCAAUCAGGGGAGAAGGGCCUUGGUCAGGGAAGUGAACAAGAACCCGAUGGUCACUCUGACAGAGCUCCAGAGUUCCAUUGAGGAGAUGGAAGAACCUUCCAGAAGGACAACCAUCUCUGCAGCACUCCACCAAUCAGGCCUUUGUGGUAGAGUGGCCAGACGGAAGCCACUCCUCAGUAAAAGGCACAUGACAGCCCACUUGGAGUUUGCCAAAAGGCACCUAAAGGACUCUCAGUCCAUGAGAAAAAAGAUUAUCUGGUCUGAUGAAACCAAGAUUGAACUCUUUGGCCUGAAUGCCAAGCGUCACGUCUGGAGGAAACCUGGCACCAUCCCUAUGUUGAAGCAUGGUGGUGGCAGCAUCAUGCUGUGGGAAUGUUUUUCAGCGGCAGGGACUGGGAGACAAGUAAGGAUCGAGGGGAAAAAUUAAUGGAGCAAAUCACAGAGAUCCUUGAUGAAAACCUGCUCCAGAGCGCUCAGGACCUCAGACUGAUUCACCUUCCAAUAGGACAACCACCCUAAGCACACAGCCAAGACAACGCAGGAGUGGCUUCGGGACAAGUCUUUGAAUGUCCUUGAGUGGCCCAGCCAGAGCCCGGACUUGAACCCGAUCGAAUAUCUCUGGAGAAACCUGAAAAUAGCUGUGCAGCAGCGCUCCCCAUCCAACCUGACAGAGCUUGAGAGGAUCUGCAGAGAAGAAUGGGAGGAACUCUACAAAUACAGGUGUGCCAAGCUUGUAUCGUCAUACCCAAGAAGACUCGAUGCUGUAAUCGCUGCCAAAGGUGCUUCAACAAAGUACUGAGUAAAGGGUCUGAAUACUUAUGUAAAUGUGAUAUUUCCGUUUAUUUUUAAUACAUUUGCAAAAACAUAGAACCCUGUUUUUGCUUUGACAUUAUGGGGUAUUGUGUGUAGAUUGAUGAGGGGGGGGGGAAACUAUUUAACCCGUUUUAGAAUAAGGCUGUAAUGUAACAAAGUGGAAAAAGUCAAGGGGUCUAAAUACUUUCUGAAUGCACUGAGGAAUUAUUGUCAUUCUCAAUGGAUAUAAAAACAUACUUCAUUUGGUUGCUGUUUGAGGUGAAGAAAACAUUCAUUUGAGAAGCUCCACAGCUCAUUAGUGGUGGUGCAUUAAGCCAAUCAGAAAUACUAUCAGAUCCUCAACAUUGACAGAAGUGCUCCAAACAAAUGACAAUGACUAAAUUUACAAAACUCGUAAAUGGAAUGUGAGAAACAAGUUUUGGUUUAUUUAAUUCCAAGUGUAGAAUAGGUUGUGCGCUCUGCAAACGUGUCCACUCCGACAAUGAAUACAGUAAAAGACUGGAGUAAUAAUAUGUUGAAUGCAUUAAGACUUUACUGUAACAAAACAAACAAUGUAGAUUAGGAAUUAACGGUGAAUGUACUACUGGUGAUAUAUGUAAUGGGAAUUCUGGAGAGAGAAGUGCGUUGUGCAGCCACACUCCCCUUCUUGGACUGUGCCAUCCCCCGCGGCCUCCGCAAUGGAUUAGUUGACUGAGAUGGGGGCAAAUAAGACCGGUGUCUCGUGUGCCAUAAAAAAUAUAUAUACAGUACCUGUCAAAGGUUUGGACACACCUACUCAUUCAGGGAUUUUUCUGUAUUUUUGCUAUUUUCUACAUUGUGGAAUUAUAGUGAAGACGUCAAAACUAUGAAAUAACACAUAUGGAAUCAUGUAUGGGGGGGGGAAAUGUAUGCACUCACUAACUGUAAGUCGCUCUGGAUAAGAGCGUCUGCUAAAUGACGUAAAUGUAAGCAGUUCCCACAUGCUGAGCACUUGAUGGCUGCUUUUCCUUCACUCUGCGGUCCAACUCAUCCCAAACCAUCUCAAUUGGGUUGAGGUCGGGUGAUUGUGGAGGCCAGGUCAUCUGAUGCAGCACUCCAUCACUCUCCUUGGUCAAAUAGCCCUUACACAGCCUGGAGGUAUGUUUUGGGUCAUACACCAUCCCAAACCAGAUGGGAUGGUGUAUUGCUGCAGAAUGAUGUGGUAGCCAUGCUGGUUAAGUGUGCUGUGGGGCUAUCAUUUGUUUUUCAACAGGACAAUGAGUCACCAGCAAAGCAACCCCACACCAUCACACCUCCUCUAUGCUUCACGGUGGGAACCACACAUGCGGAUAUCAUCCGUUCACCUACUCUGCAUCUCGCAAAGACACGGCGGUUGGUGGCAAAAAUCUCAAAUUUCAGCCCAAAGGACAGAUUUCCACCGGUCUUCUGUCCAUUGCUCGUGUUUCUUGGCCCAAGCAAGUGUCUUCUUAUUGGUGACCUUUUUAGUAGUGGUUUCUUUGCAGCAAUUCGACCAUGAAGGCCUGAUUCAUGCUGUCUCCUCUGAACAGUUGAUGUUAAGAUGUGUCUGUUACUUGAACUCUGAAGCAUUUGUUUGGGCUGCAAUCUGAGGUGCAGUUAACUCUAAUGAACUUAUCCUCUGUAGCAGAGGUAACUGUGGGUCUUCCUUUCCUGUGGCGGUCCUCAUGAGAGCCAGUUUCAUCAUAGUGCUUGAUGGCUUUUGCGACUGCACUUGAAAACUUUCAAAGUUCUUGGAAUAUUCCGGAUUGACUGACCUUCAUGUCUUAAAGUAAUGAUGGACUGUCGUUUCUCUUUGCUUAUUUGAGCUGUUCUUGCCAUAAUAUGGACAGCCCUAUUUGGUAAAAGACCAUCUUCUGUAUACCACCCCUACCUUGUCCCAACACAACUGAUUGGCUCAAACGCAUUAAGAAGGAAAGAAAUUCCACAAAUGAACUUGUAACAAGGCACACCUGUCAAUUGAAAUCCAUUCCAGGUGACUACCUCAUGAAGCUGGUUGAGAGAAUGCCAAGAGUGUACAAAGCUGUCAAAGGCAAAGGGUGGCUACUUUGAAGAAUCUCAAAUAUAAAAUAUAUUUUGAUUUGUUUAACACUUUUUUGGUUACUACAUGAUUCCAUAUGUGUUAUUUCAUAGUUUUGAUGUCUUCACUAUUAUUCUACAAUGUAGAAAAUAGUAAAAAUUAAGAAAAACCCUGGAAUGAGUAGGUGUGUCCAAACUUUUGACUGGUACUGUAUAUAUUUGCUACUGCUCGACAAAAAGAAAUCUCUGUCAACCAACAGCUUGUCGACCAAACAGUCGAACAGUCAAAUAAUUAGGGUCAGCCCUAGUAUUCAAUCAUUAAUUCACUGCGAGACAUGUUUUUCCUUCCUCUUCAUCAUGACUGUCUAUUUUGUAGGAAUGGAUCAGUUUCAAAACCCUACCACUUAUAUGUAUUUGUUGACUUGUCCCUCUAGGCGCCAAACAAUGUGUGGAACACUGGACUACCUGCCCCCAGAGAUGAUUGAGGGAAAGGCCCACGAUGAGAAGGUGGACCUGUGGUGCAUCGGGGUGCUCUGCUUUGAGUGCCUAGUUGGAAACCCACCCUUUGAAACCGCCAGCCACUCGGAAACGUACAAGCGCAUCACAAAGGUUUGCAUUUUUAGAUGGUCAGCAACUUAUUGGCAGAGCCUGCGGAUCUGACUUUUCUGGACCCCCCUUCCUAACAGCUAAAGAUCACGAAGCUUCUGUGCAUGUGCGGGAUUCUCUACUUUACACAAAAUCUCUGCUCUAUUCGUAAAGACCCUGCCUUCACAUUUUUCACUGUCAAUCAUGAAUGCUAAUCAAGUUUUACAGGUGAAAGGUCCAUGCAGCAUCUGCAUACCAACCAUUUGAUCUUAAUCAGUUUCAUGGGGAUAUGCAUUUAGAUCUUGAGUUAUACAGUGUUUUGGAUGAUGUACAGUGAGCAAGCAGAGUAGCCUGUUCUCUACAAGUAGAGCAGAGACUGUGCGUAAAGUAGAGAAUCAUGCACAGAAACUUCGAGGCCUUUAGCUUUCUGGAUGAGGGGUCGAGAAAAGUCAGGUCCGCAGUCACUCUGAAACUUUAUUUUGUUAAAGGUGCUACACAGGAUUUUUUUUGCAUUUUUACAUUGUCAUUUCAGAAAAUGUCCAUAAUAUAUCUGCGCUAAUAGUGGAAUGAUAGUGUAUUACUUACCCGCCAGUGUUGUGAUUGGCUGUGAUAUUCACCUAUUGAUUUCUCUGUUAAUCAUUUCCAGGUUGUUACAUUUCUACACUGUUCGCUCAAUUUGUGAAAACAAGCACUGAAUAGUUUAGGGAAUCAUUGUACCAAAAAUAUAGUUUUUACAGCUGCUUGAAGCUGGUGGACAAAAACCGCUACUUUUAAGCUGGACCAAAACCAAAAGUAGCUUUCGGUUUGGUCCACCAGCUUCAAACAGCUGGUGUUUGUUGUUGAUAAGAUAUUUCACAAAAGUUAUGGGCGGAGUUAGAAAGUAUUACAAUGUAAAUUUACUUUUAAUCCGCCUGUCUGCAUAUUUCAAGACAUGGCAUAUGAGGGUGCAUUGAAUUAACCGAUGGGUUGGACAACUUUUCUUGUCAAUCAUCUUGAAAAAACGUAUACUUAACUGGAAAUCAACCAAUCCUCCAUCGUUAACAUGUUGGAAAGGUCAAAUGCUUUAUCUAAAUGUUGAAAAUGCGUGGGCGACAGAGAAACAAUGUUGCAGUUUGAUGCCAUAUGGUGGAGAGUGAUGCAGGCGUUGGACAUUGGGGUGUGAGCAGGUGGGUCUGGGCAGGUGUGAUGUUGUUUGCAUUUUUAUAUGCUGUCGUUUGUAUGUGUGCUAUUAAAAAAAAUAUAUAUAUAUAUAUAUAUAUAUAUUAGUUGAAGUCAGAGGUUUACAUACACCUUAGCCAAAUACAUUUCAACUCAGUUUUUCACAAUUCCUGACAUUUAAUCCCAGUAAAAAUGUCCUGUCUUAGGUUGGUUAGGAUCACCACUUUAUUUUAAGAAUGUGAAAUAUCAGAAUAAUAGUAGAGAAUUAUUUAUUUAAUCACAUUCCCAGUGGGUCAGAAGUUUACAUACACUAAAUUAGUAUUUGGUAGCAUUGCCUUUUUAAAUUGUUUACCUGACACGUUUGACCCAAGUUAGUCUUCCACAAGCUUCCCACAAUAAGUUGGGUGAAUUUUGGCCCAUUCCUCCUGACAGAGCUGGUGUAACGAAGUCAGGUUUGUAGGCCUCCUUGCUCGCACAUACUUUUUCAGUCCUGCCCACACAUUUUCUAUAGGAUUGAGGUCAGGGCUUUGAUGGCCACUAAUACCUUGACUUUGUUGUCCUUAAGCCAUUUUGCCACAACUUUGGAAGUAUGCUUAGGGUCAUUGUGCAUUUGGAAGACCCAUUUGUGACCAAGCUUUAACUUCCUGACUGAUGUCUUGAGAUGUUGCUUCAAUGUAUCCACAUAAUGUUCCUUCCUCAUGAUGCCAUCUAUUUUGUGAAGUGCACCAGUCCCUCCUGCAGCAAAGCACCCCCACAGCAUGAUGCUGCCACCACCGUCCUUCACGGUUGGGGUGGUGUUCUUCGGCUUGCAAGCACCCCCUUUUUCCUCCAAACAUAACGAUGGUCAUUAUGGCCAAAUAGUUCUCUUUUUGUUUCAUCAGACCAGAGGACAUUUCUCCAAAAAGUACGAUCUUUGUCCCCAUGUGCAGUUGCAAACCGUAGUCUGGCUUUUUUAUGGUGGUUUUGGAGCAGUGGCUUCUUCCUUGCUGAGCGGCCUUUCAGCUUAUGUCGAUAUAGGACUUGUUUUACUGUGGAUAUAAAUACUUUUGUACCCAUUUCCUCCAGCAUCUUCACAAGGUCCUUUGCUGUUGUUCUGGGAUUGAUUUGCACUUUUCGCACAAAAGUACGUUCAUCUCUAGGAGACAGAACGCGUCUCCUUCCUGAGCGGUAUGAUUGCUGCGUGGUCCCAUGGUGUUUAUACUUGCGUACUAAUGUUUGUACAGAUGAAUGUGGUACCUUCAGGCAUUUGGAAAUUGCUCCCAAGGAUGAAUGUUCUUUUUUUCUGAGGUCUUGGCUGAUUUCUUUUGAUUUUCCCAUGAUGUCAAGCAAAGAGGCACUGAGUUUGAAGGUAGGCCUUGAAAUACAUCCACAGAUACACCUCCAAUUGACUCAAAUUAUGUCAAUUAGCCUACCAGAUGCUUCUAAUAUUAUUUUCUGGACUUUUCCAAGCUGUUUAAAGGCACAGUCAACUUAGUGUAUGUAAACUUCUGACCCACUGGAAUUGUGAUACAGUGAAUUAUAAGUGAAAUAAUCUGUCUGUAAACAAUUGUUUGAAAAAUUAGUUGUGUCAUGCACAAAGUAGAUGUCCUAACCGACUUGCCAAAACUAUAGUUUGUUAACAAGAAGUUUGUGGAGUGGUUGAAAAACGAGUUUCAAUGACGCCAACCUAAGUGUAUGUAAACUUCCGACUUCAACUGUAUAACACACAUAUACACAGUGCCUUCAGAAAGUAUUCAGACCCCUUGACCUUUUCCACAUUUUUGUUACAUUACAGCCUUAUUCUAAAAUUCCUCAGCAAUCUACACACAAUACCCCAUAAUGACAAAGGGAAAAGGGGUUUGUAGAAAUGUUUGCACAUUUAAUAAAAAUUAAAAACCGAUACCUUAUUUACAUAAGUAUUCAGACCCUUUGCUAUGAGACUUGAAAUUGAGCUCCGAUGCAUCCUGUUUCCAUUGAUCACCCUUGACGGUUCUACAACUUGAUUGGAGUCCACCUGUGGUAAAUUCAAUUAAUUUGACAUUUUUUAAUUUUUUUAUUUAACCUUUUAUUUAACUAGACAAGUCAGUUAAGAACAAAUUCUUAUUUACAACGAUGGCUACACCGGCCAAACUCGGACAAUGCUGGGCCAAUUGUGCACCGCCCUAUGGGACUCCCAAUCACGGCUGGUUGUGAUACAGCCUGGAAUCGAACCAGGGGGUCUGUAGUGACGCCUCAAGCACUGAGAUGCAGUGCCUUAGACCGCUGCGCCACUCGAGAGCAUGAUUUGGAAAGGCACACACCUGUCUAUAUAAGGUCCCACAGUUGACAGUGCAUGUCCGAUCAAAAACCAAGCCAGGAGGUCGAAGGAAUUGUCCGUAGAGCUCCCAGACAGGAUUGUGUUGAGGCACAGAUCUGGGGAAGGGUACUAAAACAUUCCUGCAGCAUUGAAGGUUCCCAGGGACACAGUGGCCUCCAUCAUUCUUAAAUGGAAGGGGUUUGGAACCACCAAGACUCUUCCUAGAGCUGGCCGCCCCAGCCAAACUGAGCAAUCGGGGGAGAAGGGCCUUGGUCAGGGUGACCAAGAACCCGAUGGGCACUCUGACAGAGCUCCAGAGUUCCUCUGUGGAGAUGGGAGAACGUUCCAGAAGGACAACCAUCUCUGCAGCACUCCACCAAUCAGGCCUUUAUGGUGGAGUGGCCAGAGUGAAGCCACUCUUCAGUAAAAGGCACAUGACAGCCCGCUUGGAGUUUGCCAAAAGGCGCCUAAAGGACUCCCAGACCAUGAGAAGCAAGAUUCUCUGGUCUGAAGAAACCAAGAUUGAACUCUUUGGCCUGAAUGCCAAGCGUCACGUAUUGAGGAAACCUGGCACCAUCCCUACGGUGAAGCAUGGUGGUGGCAGCAUCAUGCUGUGGGGAUGUUUUUCAGCGGCAGGGACUGGGAGACUAGUGAGGAUCAAGGCGAAGAUGAACGGAGCAAAGUACAGAGUGUUCCUUGAUGUAAACCUGCUCCAGAGCGCUCAGGACCUCAGACUGAUUCACCUUCCAAUAGGACAACCACCCUAAGCACACAGCCAAGACAACGCAGGAGUGGCUUCGUGACAAGUCUUUGAAUGUCCUUGAGUGGCCCAGCCAGAGCCCGGACUUGAACCCGAUCGAAUAUCUCUGGAGAAACCUGAAAAUAACUGUGCAGCAGCGCUCCCCAUCCAACCUGACAGAGCUUGAGAGGAUCUGCAGAGAAGAAUGGGAGAAACUCCCCAAAUACAGGUGUGCCUAGCUUGUAGCGUCGUACCCAAGAAGACUCUAUGCUGUAAUGGCUGCCAAAGGUGCUUUAACAAAGUACUGAGUAAAUGGUCUGAAUACUUAAGUAAAUGCGAUAUUUCUGUUUUUAUUUUUAUAAAUUAGCAGAAAUGUCUAAAUCUGUUUUUGCUUUUAUCAUUAUGGGGUAUUGUGUGUAGAUGAGGGGAAAAAACAAUUUAAUACAUUUUAGAAUAAGGCUGUAACAAAAAGUCAAGGGGUCUGAAUACUUCCCGAAGGCGCUGUAUAUAAACUAUAUUUCACAGCCAUUUAAUGGUACAAUGAUUCCCACACUAUUCGGUGCCUGAAAUUGAGCGACGUGUCGAAUUUUAGCAACCAGGAAAUGAUAACACAGCCACAAAGUCAGAACCGCUUUCCCAGUUUGACAACGGAUGCCGUGAGAGAAAUCAAUAGGCGAAUAUCACCACAAAUCACAACACUGGAGGAUAAGUAAUACUGUCAAACAUAAUCAUUCCACUGUUAGUGCCAGAGAGAUUUACAUUUUCCUGAAAUUACAAUGCAAAAUUUCUAAAAUAUCCUUUGUGUAACACCUUUAAGUAACUGCUAUAUAGAAAAUGCUUUUAUGCAACCUAUUUGUAAUUUGUUCAGAGAAUGAUGAUUGAUUCAUCCAGUAAUGUUAUCAUCUAUUUCAUGGGCAGUCACUUGAUAAAUUGCAUCAUGAUUGACAUGCAUGUUGUAGCUAAAUAUUUAACCAAUGCAUAAACUGUGAUUAAUGACAUCUCCUCCCUCCAUGUCUCUCAGGUGGACCUGCAGUUCCCCAAGGUGGUGUCUGACGGGGCUCGGGACCUGAUCUCUAAGCUGCUCCGCCACAGCCCCUCCAUGCGGCUGCCGCUGCAGAGUGUAAUUGACCACCCCUGGGUGAAAAACAACUCACGGCGGGUCCUACCUCCCGCCUUCGCUCCCAAGAAACCCUAA